GACGCAUCUCUGUUAGGAGCUUGUGUGCCAGCGUGUAAUAACUUGCAAUGGCCGAUUCGUCAUCUGCAACUGAGAAUUCCAAGGUACAACAGGCUCCUGACAGCAAGACAACUGGCGUGCCAACGAUGGAAAGAGGUGCAGUGGCCGUAGAAAAAGUUAAACCGAAAGGCAUCCUCGACCAACUCGAUGAAACUACAAGACAAGCUGAAAGGAAAUUCCAGGGUGGUUUCCUGACCCCCAUGCUGGCAGAACUAGAGAAAAAUGUGGCCAAGAGUAAUGAAGUCCUGGAUAAGAUCAACCAAGGUAUGGAAGCCGAGAGACAGGAGAGGCUGAAGGCCAGGCUGACAUCUCACAUUCCAGAGGCAAUGAAGGGAGGUGGACAGAAAAUAGAGGAUGUUUUAAGAGCAAUUGAAGAACUGAUCCUGUAUGGAGAUUCUGAUACAGAGACGGUGAAAGACAGGGAGGUGCUUCUACAGAAGCUGGACGAUCACGGCCAGGUGGCUGUCAUGGCCCACAGUUUGGCUGCAUAUGUCUCAACACUGGACGAGGAACAUCUGAAGAAGUUCACAGCCAGGAUCACUUCCGACUGCCAGCUCUGGCUGUCCAGACUCUUCAGAUUUGAAGAUUCGUCAGUGGUGUACCAUGAAGAUCCACGAGACGGUCUUGUCAAGAUAUGUCGCCUGGCUCUGUAUCAGAAAUACCCAAAGUAUGCCACUGAAGGGUUCGAAGCACUGUACUCUCGGCCCCCCGUCAUCUACAUCAGUGCCGCGUCGCGACCCGGCCUCGGACAUUACCUGUGUCUACAGCUUGGCUUGCCCUUGUCCUGCAUCUGUACAGUUCCCUGUAACACCAUGUUCGGAUCCAGCAGCAAGAUGGAUGUGGCCAUGUUGGAGAAACUCAUACAGGAUGACAUUUCAGCAGCCAAGACUCCGGUCCUCCUUGUGGCUUUUGCAGGUACCCCAGUAGUUGGCCAUGUUGACAAACUCGGAAGACUUCAAGAAAUUUGUCAGUCCAAUUCCAUCUGGCUACAUGUGGAAGGAAACAACUUGGCAACCCUGACCAUGUUCUCAGUCCCUACCUCUGUGCAGUCAGCCAAGUCUGGAGACAGUCUCACGAUCAACGUCAGCAACUGGCUAGGCAUCCCCGCCCUCCCACAUGCAACACUGUACAAAUCAACCGACCCGACUCUUGACCAUGCAGCUGGCCUCAACACCUUCGUGUCACAGCUCAAGCUGAGUUGUCUCCCUUUGUGGAUCUGUCUGCAGAGUCUUGGCCAUGACGGUAUCGUGGAGAGAGUGAAGCAUUCGUGUGAUUUGGCCAAGUCACUGACAGAGUUGUUGGGAGAGAUAUCAACAAUAAAACACGUGAGUGUAGAAAAGAAGGAAUCUAAGAAGACUGCCCGGUCAUUUGGGGACCUCAUCAGUCAGGCUAUCAGUGCACUGGUUGUGUUUGAGAUUGUCACCCCUACCGUCGUGUUUCGCUAUUGUGAAGACCCCACUGCUCCAGGUAGAGUAUUUGCUAUAUCUGCUCUUCCAUGCGUUACCCAGACAGCAACUGGAACUCCCUGUGUUUCUAUUCAAACACUUACUAGAAAGAGAAACAGUAACAAGAUGAAAGUCUCUGAAAAGUGA